CUUUGCGUAUUUCUUUCUCUCCCUCUUUCUUCCUUUUUUUUUUUCUUUGCUUAUCGCUUCUGCACUUUGACAGUUAUCCAGGACUCUCCUGCUAACGAAUAACCCGCAAUACCAAAAAUGGGAGCAGUAUAUACCCUCUUUCUGACACUGGGUCUCCUCGCCUCUGGCGUUUCUAUACCACUUAUCUUGACCUUUCAGAAUCACCAACGUGUGAAUCAGAACACCAAUGACCCUCCCGAGUACUUCUCACAGCCGCUGCUGCAGACCGCCAUGAUAUUCCUGGGUGAAAUCGUUUGUAUCGUGGUGAUCCAGCUAGCGAGCAAGACGCCCGCCCUUUUGGACCGUUCACUG